AUGUCUCGCCAAUUUACAACACAUGUAACUUCCUCGAGAAGAUACCCAACACCAAAUUUUUCUACGUUCACUCCACCUAUUAAUCUACCAUUUCCACCCACCAUUAAGGCCGCAGAUAUUGUCGAUAGAAGAAACUCCACACAAUUAACUAUGAAAAGCCCAAACGCUUUCUUUAUUUAUCGAAAGGCAUUUUUGGAUCAUCUUUCGAGAACCUAUCAAGAUCUUAAGAUGACUGAUGUCUCUAAGUUAGUUGGAAUUUGUUGGAGAAAUGAACCAGAGAUUGUUAAAGAUGAAUAUAGAAAACUUUCCCGGGAAGUUGAGAUCGAGUUAAACAAUAAGCGUCAAAAGAAUGUAUCAUUCCGUAGAUUGACUACUCCGGAUUACUCAUCUCAACAAUAUAUUUUUUAUGAAUUCAUUCCAAAUGCUUCCGAUUCAGCUUCUGACUCAACCUCUGGUCCAACUCCUGAUAAAACACCUAUAGCAUCUCCAACUACUGAAGACACAUCUCUACUUAUUACAAACUCUAUCAUUGACGCAGCUUACGAGGCCAUCAAUCAUGAUGUCGAUCACCAACAUAGUCGAAUCUAUGAGGAUAGCGGAGUUUCACCUGUUGCCGAAUUCGUCGAUCCAGGGACAGAUAUUUAUAGUACCUUAGACGUGAACUCUUUUUAUGAAUUUUGCAAUGUCAUUCCACAAGAUGAUUUUUAUGAGUUCACUGAAUAA